GACAUUAUUGGUGUGGCCAUCAAAAUUCAAAAACAUAUAUUUUCCCGGCAGAGCCAAAAGCAAUCCCCUUUAGGCUACUCUACUCUACUCUGUCUUACUCUAAUCAUCCAGUAAAAAAAGAUCUGCUUCCGCACUCAUCCUCGCCAAUCUCAAAUCAAGGUCUGAACCCUUUCGAUGCCCUAAUUUUUCAUUUUCUAAUUGUUGCCAAUGCGAACACUCUUACCUAGUCUUUUUGGAUAAGAGGCUAUCUAUGGCUUGGCCAAUUCAAGGCAUGGAGUCCGUGGUAGCUACAGUCAGUGGGUACAAUGGAUCGGAGCGGUUUAACCUCAUCAAGCUGAUUUCACAUGCCGGCGCUAGUUAUGUGGGUACUAUGUCAAGAUCAAUUACACACUUGGUGUGUUGGAAAUUUGAAGGAAAGAAGUAUGAUUUGGCUAAGAAGUUUAAAAUAAUGAUAGUAAACCAUCGGUGGGUUGAAGAAUGCAUGAGGCAAGGAAAGCGUGUCCCAGAGAAUCCUUAUAUUUUUCAAAGUGGGGAAGAAGUGGGGCCCUUAUUGAUGGAACUCCCACUUGUUAAUACGAGUGUCUCAGCAAAGAAUUGUAAAGUGCUUACUGACAAAUCAAAUACUUGUGAAAUCUCUCAAACACAAUCUAUUGAUUUGGUGUGCGGAGAUUCUGGUCUAGCAGCAUUUUCUGAAUCUUGUUUGUUGAAUAAGAAUUUAUUUCCUGAUUCUCGAGAGAGAAAUGAUAUUUCUAACAAACUAAAGCACAAACUGGUUAGAAAGACUUCAAAGCAAGUGAAUGGGUCAAGUAGCAGAUCCUGUUUAGAGGAGCCUCCCUUAUCUGGUUUAUUUACAAAAAAGCAUGAGUCAAGUUCUUAUUCUAAGCAUCUGGAUAGAGACAAGAGAAAGAUCUUAAAUAAUAAUGGACUCAAUAUUUCGGCUGAACCUUCUUAUAAAGGAAGGAGGCUUGUGGAAAGGAAUGCCAGUAUACCUUUGCUGGAGUCUGCACAGUUGGAUUUGGACAAAGAGUGCUACCCAAUUAGAGUACUUAACCCACACAACAGUGUCGCAGGUUCAUCAAGUCAUUCAGAUGCAAUACAGAAUACUAAUAUAUUGGAAAUUGGGGAAGCAUCUGGUGAUUGGUGCCAUAUUCUAAGUAGAAUUACAAAUGAAGGUUCAGAAGCUUCCAUGGAUUCAGAUUUAUGUGUUAAGCAUGCGUCAACAGCCGUGGAAAGAACUUCACAAGAUGGGUGUACUAAUGUUGAGGACUUACAAGAAGAGACCAUAGAUGAGAGUCAGAAUGAACAUGUUACCAGAUUACCUACUUCAACAGAGUUAUCAUGUGUUAUAUGUUGGACAGAUUUCAGUUCAACCAGGGGGGUUUUACCAUGUGGGCAUCGAUUUUGUUAUUCAUGCAUCCUAAGCUGGGCUGAUGUAAUGGCUUCAAGGAGAAAAAUUUCAACUUGCCCUUUGUGCAAGACGAGUUUUAAUAGCAUUACAAAGGUUGAGGAUGCAGCCACUACUGAUCAGAAAAUAUACUCCCAGACUAUUCCAUGUGCUCAUUCAGACUUGGAUAUUUUCAUUCUCGCUGAUUUAGAAACAACCAGUUUUGGUGCUCAGUCUUCCCUUGCGCUGAUUUGUAGCAAAUGCCGCUGUCGGGAACCUGAGGAUCUCCUCAUCAGCUGUCAUCUUUGCCGGAUUCGACGCAUCCAUUCCUACUGCUUGGACCCUCCCUUGUUACCAUGGACAUGCAUUCAUUGUAAGGAUCUCCGGAUGCUCUACCAUCAUGCCUCUUAACACACAUCUCUUGAAACUCUACAAUGUGCAAAUAUGUGUUAAUCAGUUAUACAUAUACGGUGAAAAUGACAGCUGUUGUAUAGCAGUGUGUAUUUUUCUGGGGUUAAACAAUAUUGGAUUAGGAUCCUUCAGAGUUUUUAGUGGAGUUCUUAAAAUUGUAUCCAUCCAUUUUAAAAUGAGUGGAUUGAAUUUUGCCACAUUAUCAAUAAAUUUAAACAGAUAUCAAAAUAGUGAUAGUCAAUGUUAUGUUGAUAAUGUGGUAAAGUCUUAUUUACUAAUUUCAGAAUGGAUGGAUUAGAUUUUAAGAACUCUAUGGUGGAGUAAUCUAAGAAACUCUCGAGGAUCUUAAUCCAAGCAUUCUUAAGAGGACCUUUGGUGAACGUGUGUUGGGAACUUGUAUAUCUCGUUAGUUGUCAUCUGUGACAGUUGUGACUUUCAUUCCAACUUCCUGGACCUAUCUUUCAGUGGGUGUAAGCUCACUAUUUUCAACGUU